UCCUGUCUAACAAUGCUUUUUUCUUUUUUUACCCAUAAAUAAGAGCUUUCGCAAGGCUAACUGUGACGUGUGGACUUUGUGCUCAGGGCGCCGCCGUGUCCCGUGUCCCGUGUCCCGUGUCCCGUGUCCCGUGUCCCGUGUCCCGUGUCCCGUGGUCCGCACCGAGCACCGAGCACCGGCUGCUCUCGGCAGGACGCAGCAGCGGCGCCGCGUGCACGUCUUUGACGCCGGCCACCAGCAUGCAGGAUGUGCCGGAGGAGUGGAGGGAAGGACCCAGAAGAGAGGAGAGAGGAGGAGACGGGAGGACCGGGGAGCAGGUGUCGGCCCGGGCGAAAGCGGUUGCGGAGCCGGGGAAGGACGCCGGAGAGUCGCCGAUGAUGGAGCUGACCAGGCUGGUGCAGGAGGCGGUGCGGGGCAGCAGCUGGUGGGAGAGGAGGGGGAUCGAUUGCAGCAUCCUGGCGGCGGCGUUCCUCUGCGUGCCACCCGCCUUCCUGCUGCUCGGCUCCUCUCGGCUCUUGUGGUUUUCGGCCGGCGUGCUGCUGAUGGGCGUGGCCCACGGCGUCAUCACCAUUAAAGGGACGCACCUGGCGAGCCACGGGGCGCUGAGCGAGUCGCAGGCCUGGGGGAAGUUCUGGGCCGUCUUCUUCAUCGAGAUCUGCUCCUCAUUCUCGGCGCGAGCCGGCGUUCAAGGCCACAUUAAGAUGCACCACGCGCACACUAACGUGGUCGGACUGGGGGACUCCAGCGUGUGGAAGGUCCCCUGCCUGCCUCGCGCCGUCUACCUGUUCAUAGCCCCCCUGGCCGUGCCCGUCAUCACCCCGCUCGUUGCACUCGCUCAUCUCAAAGGACACCCUCGGGCUCUCGUCGUCAGGACCGUGCUGAUGGUGGCGCUGGGCCUGUGCUCCCAGUACUGGCUGCUGAUCCACGUCUCCGGCUUCCUGUCGCCUCUCAGCGCUCUGCUCUGCAUGCUGGCCUGCAGGACCAUGUUCUCCGUGCCGUACAUCCACGUCAACAUCUUCCAGCACAUCGGCCUCCACAUGUUCUCUCCGACCGACCGGCCCAAGAGGAUCUACCAGAUGACCCACGGGGUCCUGAACCUGCCCCGCAACCCGCUGCUGGACCUGCUCUUCGGACACUCGCUGAUCAACUGCCACGUGGAGCACCAUCUCUUCCCCUUCCUGUCGGACAACAUGUGUCUGAAGGUGAAGCCCGUCGUGUCCAAGUACCUGACGGAGCAGCAGCUCCCGUACCUGGAGGACGGCUACGUCUCCCGCCUGACCAUGUUCUUCCACAAGUACCAGGAGCUGAUGGUGUUCGCUCCGCCCAUCACGGAGCUGGUGGGGGUGCAGUGAGGAAGAGGAGCUGUUGGGGGUGCAGUGAG